CAGUAUUUGAAGAUGGAGGGAAAGUGCCAUGUGGUGAGCUCAGAUGUCUGCACAUGGCCUUCUCUUAUUUCCAAGCUUUGAGACUGUAAACAAACUACAGUAAAACCUCAGCUCUCAACUCCUUUCCUUUUUUUUUUUAGUUUCAAGAGAAUCAGUUGCAGAGGUUACCCUAGUAGAUUGAUGUUUAUGAUUUAAAAAACCCUCCCUGUUGGUAGGAAAGCCAUGGGAAGUUGUGAUCAGCCAACCCAGAAAUUCAAGUAGUAUCCUGCAUAUAGUACAGUACUUAAAUGUAUAUAAUUAUAAGCUCAAAAACCAUCUGUGAGUAUCUUCUCUCUCUAUCUCCUCUCUUCUUCUCUUUGCAAAAAUACCCAGUUUCAGAUUACCUGUUUACAGCCCACCAGGCACACUGAUUUCUUUUUUCUUUGGAAAAAAAAAAUUCUACCCUCCUUGCUCUGCAAAUUGUGUAAAAAAAUCAUCCAUUAUAUAACCCUACAAUCUUUUUUUUUGUUGUUUUGUGUUUUCUAUUGCUAUAUGAGCAAAGAAAAGCAGCUUUGAAGAAUUUCAAUUCUUCAGAGUAGCUCUUGAUGUUUUCAGAGAAGCCCCUGCUUGUUUUCUUCAGUCUUUUAAUUAGCACUUGUUCUUAGUUCAACUCCAAUCAAUAUAAGAAUUUUCCUAUGUCAUAAUAUUGUCCUAUACUCUCUACUCUUUGCUCAUGUACAGUACUGGACUGAAAGCAAGGAAAGAGGAAGACCCUACUUCUUUCUUGUCAUUGUUCUAAUCUUUUUCAUACUUCUCAUUCUCUCUUUGUUACAGUCUUGUUCUUUUUUAUUUCCCUAAUAAAGUACAUAUUUUUUCUUCUAUAUUCUCAUCUCCUUCAACUUAUUACCUGCAGAUCUCCUCAUCAGAUUCUGAAAGAGAAGAAAAUAAAUUAAUUUAUGUGCUUAUAGGCUUAUUUCAAAAAGCGUCCAAGAGUUUUUUUUUUCUCCUGUUUUUCUUUCUCCAGUUCAGGAGGGUUGAUAACAUAUUUGCAGAUCAAAUGGCUUCUUCUCUUUUGUGUUUCUUCAGAAGUCCAUGGGUUCCUGCUUUUGCUCCAUUACUGGUUUUUGCUCUUCUUCUUAUCUUCGGCUUCGGGUUCUUGUCCAGUUUCCUCACAUCAACACUUCUGAUCUUGUACUCAACCCGUCUCUUCACAUUUUCCAAGCAAAUAACAAGGCCACCAUUGAUGGACAAACCAGUUACAGAAGAAUCUUUCAGGUCGAAUCUUGUUCAAGAUAGUUCAUCACCAGUUCCCGCUGGUGAUAUGAUGAUGAUAUCUAAACAGAAACCUGAAAGUGAUGAGCCCAUCUCAAAGCAGAAAGAAGAUGACGGUGAAAGAGAAGAUGAUCGCCAUGUGAUGAGAUCACAGGAUUUGUCAUCGGAAAGUGAAGGCUUGGAUCAGUCGUCCACGACGGAGGAUUCUGAAGCAGAUUGGCCGUUUCGAGAUAAUACAGAUCACAGCCUGGAUUUCUCAGACGGAUCCAUUUCCGACGAAGACAGCCUCAUCGAAAUCGCCCUCCCAAGCGGGCAUUACGUGGGUCAUCAUGAUCACAAGAAAGAAGAAGAAGAAGGCAAGUUGAGUUUGCAGCAGAAGUUCAUGCCAGAUUAUUAUAACCUGCCACCACCAUAUCCCAUUUGGAAGCAACACAGUCUGAUGGAGCUUCUUGCAGAGUUGAAUGAGAUGAUGAAUGAGGAAGAGAACUUGAUUGAGAUCGACAUAUCAAUGGGCUCCAUUAAAUGUCCAAGGUUUGAAAUUGAAGCUUAAAUCAUGAUGGCUAAAUUGGUUAUAAUUACUUUUUGAUCCUAGCUGUUGGGAUUUGUUAGAUCUUUUAUAAUGUUUUUGUGAACUGUGAAACUGAUUUCAUUGGUUUCAAUUUACGUUUGGCUGCCCAGAA